AUGGCGGAGGUGGAAGAGCAGAUCGAGGAUUGGUCUUGGAAGCAGUAUGUGCUGGAACGGGAGACGCGAAGGGCAGAGGAAGAGAGGACCGAGCGGCCUCUGGCGCUACCCCCGCGGCUCACAGACCUGAGUCGCCUGCAGGAGCCCAUCACGAUUGUGGAGCUCUUCGGAGGAAUUGGGACCGGACUGGCUGCGGCGCUGAAGGCGGGGUGCAGAAUCAAGAAGUGGGUAUUGGUGGAGCUGGAUCCGGUGGUGCGGCGAAUGGCUUUCCAUCACGCGAGGAAACUGAGAGGGAUUUACCCAACGCAGCUGAUGUCGGGAGUAGAGGCGGAGGCCGAAGAGGAGCUUAUAAAUGACAUCAGGGAAGUGGCGCCGGAGGACGUGCGCCGGUGGGGAAGAGUGGACCUCCUUGUGGCAAGAUGGGAGUGUCAGGGAGUCUCAAGAGCGGGGAAAGGCACGGGAUUGGAGGACCCCAGAUCCACACUGUUCCUGGAGCUGCUUCGUGUCAUGAAGCUCAUAUAUCAGCAGCACGGGGAAUAUCUCUAUAUCCUCGAGAAUCCUGACUUCUCCACCGAUUGCAGGGAGCCAGUGCGACGCAUGAUGGAAGUAGUAUCCGAAGCGCUCGGGCCAGGAGUGGCAUGGGAGGCGGUGCAGCAAGGGUCCUACUCGCACAGAGUAAGGCGCUACUGGCAGAAUGGGGUGUCAGAAGGAAGGCUCAGGUGGGAACUCAUACAAACGGAACGGCCGGUCCCGCGCCCCGUCGAAGACAUCCUGGAGGCUCACAGAGAGCCAGCGCCGGUGGUCAAGCCGGAUCAUCCCAGCCAGUUCCAGUGCAACGAGCCAGGAUUGCCGAGAGAAGCCUGGCCCACACUGGUGGCGCGCCAUCAAGCUCAUGGAUUCGUGUGGAUUGAAGGACUGCCCGGACCAGGCAUGGUGUACGAUCGGCUAAAAGACCGCUGGGAGGAACCCACCGCCAAGGAGAGGGAACUCGCGAUGGGGUUUGUCCCCGACGCCACGGCAGCGCCAGGGGUAGAAGAAGCGAGGGGGAGGGAGGCCCUGGGCCGAGCAAUGGACGUGGAGGCCAUGCACUGGCUGGUGCUUGUGAUACAGCUGCAUCUGGCGUCGAAGCAACUAGAGAUGGAGGCGGAAGUGGGAGGACCGGGCGACGUGAGCGAAGCGGAAGUACGGGCCAGCCAGCAGAGGGCGGAGCAGAUUCUCCUGGAGAUACAAACCGAGAAGCAGCAGCAGAGGGAACGAGGGUGGGCGCUGAUGGCCGUAGAAGCGAACACCACGGAAGGAGAGGCGGAGACCGCCAGCUGGGUGGAGGCGCCAAGCAGAGCCGAGAUGGGAGACGUAAGCCAGGGUCAGCAAGAGGCGGCGGCAGGGGCGGGCCCAGCAGUGGAGCGAGAAGGUCCGUGCAUGUGGCACGACACGGGGUGCAUGUGGCACGACACGGGGUGCAUGUGGCACGACACGGGGUGCAUGUGGCACGACACGGGGUGCAUGUGGCACGCACAGAGAGAGUCACGGUCGCUGCAGCCUGACGCCCAUCCACCGGCCUCACCCUCGCCCCAUCCAACCCGCCUUCUCCCUCCGCCCCUGGCUCCCGCUGAAUCGCCACCACCCACUCCCUUCCCCCUUCCUCGCCGCGCAUCACUCUCCUCCUUGCCCUCGCCUCUCCAUAUUCCCGCUCUCCCGCAUCUGCCAGAUCCCAACCCUC